UUUUGUUUGCAAAAGUAUUUAAAACAAAAGUGCAACGGAAAUAGUUAAUAACAAAAUAUUAGUCGUCCGUCGGUGUAGUCGGUGUGCGGUCGGUCGUUUGUUCGCCAGUCCACCACCCUCCUCCUCCUCAUCCACUUCCACGCUCGCCUCUAGUUUUGCUCAACAAUUUAUUUUUAAAGAAAUAACCCGAACAAACCAUCAGUUGAAGAGGGGUGCAGAGCGAGACGCCAGCACAGAGCAGAGCAGUGAAUAGUGCGGCGCGUAGCGGCAUAAUAUAUAUUUCUUUCUUUUUUUUCAAACUUUCAAGUGCAAAUAAAAUUACUGUUGUUUUGUUCCUCUCACAAACGUUGUGGCACAGUGUAUGUUAGUGUCUGUGUAUAUGUAUGCAUGCGUAAGCAGCAAUUAACCAAAAGGUGGAAAGAGUACUGCGCUACUAACAGAGCCAUUAGUAGACGGCGUCGCACAACUAAAUUGAUUUUUCACCGGUCACCUAACCUCAAAAGCCCCUGCCGGUGUUAAGGGGGGUUCAGAGGCACAGCUGUUGCAUACAACAAAACAACAAUACACUCACGACCGAAUAACGUGGAUAAAGGAGAAGACGAAAAAUAAGAAGACACACAGACACAAUAUGGAUAUCGAUUCACUGAAAAAUGAAUGGGAGGAACUCAACAAGGAGUUCACGGAGCUGGAGAACUGCAACAGACGAUACAUCGAGCUGCUGGAGCAGCUGCACAGCCGCCAACAGAUAUGCUUCAAUGAGAUCAAGCAUCAACGGUAUCGCAUGAACCAAAUAACGGCAUCAUUAAGACAAUUCAAGGGUCCUGUGGAUGUGGAAGUUAAGGAGAAGGUGGAUGAGCUGCAAAAGAUGACCUUGAAGCGGAAGGCGCAAUUGCACGAAAUUGAACAAUCUUUGCCAGCGAAAUCGGGUCGCUAUUUGCAGAUAAUCUUGGGCGAUGUGAAUGUCUCGAUUCUCAACAGAAACGACAAAGUUCGCUACAAGGACGACUAUGAAAAGUUUAAAUUAAUACUCAACGUAAUUGGACUGAUAAUGGCGUUCUUCAAUUUGAUAUUCAACUACAGAGCCCUGGAGCUGGCGUUCAUUUUCCUGCUGGUCUGGUACUACUGCACUCUGACCAUACGCGAGUCCAUACUGAAGGUGAAUGGAUCUAGGAUUAAAGGCUGGUGGCGCGCCCAUCACUUUAUCUCGACGGUGGCCGCCGGCGUGCUGCUGGUGUGGCCACAAGGCGAACAUUGGCAGAUCUUCCGCAUGCAGUUUAUGUACUUUAAUGUUUACAUCAGCAUUGUGCAGUAUCUACAAUUUGGCUACCAAAAGGGUUUGCUCUAUCGGCUAAAGGCGCUGGGUGAGCGCCAUAACAUGGACAUCACCAUUGAGGGCUUCCACUCGUGGAUGUGGCGCGGUCUGAGCUUCCUGUUGCCAUUCCUCUUCAUUGGCUAUUGGUUCCAGGCCUACAAUGCCUGGACCCUCUACAAGCUGGCAUUUACGCCACCAGAUGCACCCUGGCAUGUGUCUGUGAUGUCCGGUCUGUUUUUGCUACUCUUCGUCGGCAACAUGGCCACCACGCUGUGGGUGGUGCCCGAGAAGAUACGCGAGCGAUCCAAGGAACGUUAUCGUCUGCUCAGCAUGGGCAAGUCCAUGAAGUUGCGCAGAGAAGUGAAGAAUAGCGCUAGUGACAUGGAUCUGGCGAGCAGCGCCAACGGGGGCAGCACAGCCCAAACAGCAACCAUGACGAAAAUCCCAUCCGAGUCGUUGUCGUCGUCGUCGUCGUCGCAGCAGCCACCCGCCGACGAGAAGAAGGAAAUUUAAUCAUCAACUCAACUCGUCUUGAACGUUAUGAAACCCGGCAUUUCAAUCUAUACAAAUAAAUCUAUAUUUUCGAUCUA